GUUCCUUAUUUAUUGUCCGCUGUGACUAAUUCAACAAUAAGUACUAGUGGCUUAUUCGUCUCGAAUUCCACGUUGGUGAGGGAGCGAUUCUCAUAAGAAGCAAUCAGGACCUCAACAAAUUGUUCACCAGGCUCAGGGCUGCGAAUGACGUCCAACAUCAGAAGAUAGUAUCCCCAGUAGAUGCGGCUCUUGUUCCUCUUGCGGGUGCUAUUUCUUCCGCUAGCAUCAAGGACUGAUCGCCCUGAUCAUGUGCGCAUGCAUCUUCGGUUAAUGAAGCCAGCUGGCGUUAUGGUGUAUAUAGUUGACCAAAACUCGGCCCUCUGCCCGGUUGUAGGUGCGCAAGGUAGCCUUAGCCAUGACCAAUGUGCGCCCACGCAGAUGAGAGUACCAUUCUUCAGGUGGGAUGGGUUCGUCGUCCUCGUUCCUAAAGUCCUGUUGUUAGAGCUUUGCGGGCCGAUGGUUGAAGACAUCCUCUCCGUGAUCUGGCAAUACACCAGGAAUUGGACGACAGUCCAGAGAAGCAGAUCCUUUCAGGAGUCAUCAGCGAUAACGAGCAGUCGUCAACGAGCAUGAUCCGAGGCAGCUCAAGCGCUGCUAUCGAUAAGUGUCCCUCUUCAGAAUCUGGUAUGUGUUAUCAUAUAACAUCGUCCGAACGCGUGAUUCCUGAUCUUUCUUAUUUUCAGACAGUACCGCCACCUCGGUUGCUCGUGAUCUUUGCGAUAGACUGCUCGCCCAGAUAUAUCCGAGGCAGCUUGAAGACUAGGAUUACAGAACGCAUCGCAAGGUUCAUAGCGCAGGAGGACUGCUGAGUGGAAGACCUGAGAGGACCCGCGCGAGCUGAGAUAUGAGAGCCUGCAAAGAAUAAAUUGACGGGGUUUCCCGACCGCUGGGAAAUUAUCGCUUGGCGACGUCCGCAAACUUAAUACCGA